UAGACGUACCGUUAACAAAUAACGUAACUCGUCUCAUUAUUGCUCUUUGGUUACUUGUAAAUCGGUCUCAAUUUUGACCAGUGUGCCUGCCUGCUAGCUUGUACCGCAUAAGAAGCUCGCUCGCUAGUAUUGAACGGUCAAUAACGCAACACUGAUGAUACCUUCAUGACAAAUCGGAAUCUCUUUAAACAAUAUGAUACUACGAUUACAGUCUUGCAAUUAGGACGUUCACAUGCUUAAAUUAACUAGAAUUUAAUUGUAUAAUGUACUAUUUAGAACAAAUGUUACACAUGAAGAUUGUUGUAUUUUCCUAAAUGGAUAUAACCCUAAAAUACAACAAUUUUGAGGAGCUUUGAACGUCUCUUCCGACUGCCGCUCUGUGAUUCGUCAAGCUGAAUUUGACGUCAUUACGCUACACGUCGUAGUUGACGUACCAGGAAAAAGAACAUUGAAUCGUGUCGGUAUCCUUUAUUCAAUUAGAAAUGAUUGGGUGACUAUAUUUCAAAACAAAUUACGCGCAACAAUGUAUUAUGUAUCACGUCUCGUCUGUAAACUUUAUUUUUUGGUUUCGUAUGGACUUGUAAAUGCAAUGCAGUUUUACUGACCAAUUCAGAUAAAGUCCGAAAUAGGUAGAAAUGUUAUUUUGUGUCAGUGGUGCAGAGACGAACACCAUGGCUUCUGGUGGAGAACAUAGUUGCUCCUGCUGCUCACUUCCUGUCUCCUCUUCCAGCGUUUACCAGACAGUGAAUGAGAUAGAUUUUGAACGAGGUAUCUGGUCUGCUGCCAUGGAUGGAGACUUGAAAAGGGUCAAAUCAUUGAUCCAGAAAGGCAUCCAUCCAAACCUCAGAGACGCAGCAGGAUACACAGCUCUACACUAUGCAAGUCGCAGCGGCCAUCUAACCGUGUGUGAAUUUCUUCUGGAGAAUGGUGCUUGUGCAUCUCCUCAAACACCAGGCGGUGCCACACCACUCCAUCGCGCAGCUUUCUGUGGUCAUCUGGAUGUCGCAAGUUUGCUUUUGCAUCACAAAGCAGAUCCAAUGAUCUCUGAUGAUGAUGGUGCGUCUCCUCUACACAAGGCUGCAGAACAAGGUCAUGAAAAGGUGUGUCAACUGCUUCUUGAGGUCUGUCCAGCACUGUGCAGUCUGAAGAACAAGCGACUCCAGCUACCCUACCACAUAGCCCCUCAAGAACAUUUGAAGAAGCUCCUAAAACCACCUCUCUAGCAAAAAGAUGUUGUUAUAUACAACUUUGAUGACAAUGCUCUAGAACAGGGGUCUCAAACUCAAUUUCAGUGGGGGCCACUGGAGGUAGAGUCUGGAUGAGGCAUAGCCGCAUCACGUAUUGGGAGUAGGGCCGGGAAUCUCAGGGUACCUCACGAUACGAUACAAUUCACAAUGCAUGGCUCACAAUACGACUAAAGGGCUGCCCCUCCCCCGGUCCAUGUGAUAACACCACUGUUAGUUCAGUGUUGGUGUUUAUUUGCCCCUGUAAGUAAGUAACACUGAGCUUGCACGGAUGUUGUGGGCUGCAGUUACACUGCUCUUUGAUGUCCAGUCGCGGGCCGCAAAAUCCGAUUUGGUGGGCUGCAAAUGGCCCGCGGGCCGCGAGUUUGAGACCCCUGGUCUAGACUCUAGAGCAGGGGUGCCCAUUACGUCAAUCGCAAGCUACCAGUCGAUUGCCAGGAUUGUUUGGGUCGAUUGCAUAAACGUCACUUUGUAGAUGUCAUAUGACAUCAGUGAGCUGACAUUAUCCUCCCCUCUUGAUUUGCUGUUGCUCCUCCCGCGGCUAACAUGAAGUGGUGAACUGACGUUUCAAGCUGCACAUGGAGAUGCAACUUUCAUCUUUAUUAUUCAGAUUACGGGUAAACUAACUCGGCGAUAAGAUGCCUACAGUAUAUCUAUAACAAAUCCGUCCGUUCACUUGUAAAAGUCAAUUGUUAAAAGUCAAUUCUUUGAUGGCUUUGCUUUGUAUCCUGAACUCCACUAUAGAAAUGUGUUUUUUUACAUUUCUGUUUCAUAAACUAUUAUUUCAUGAUUAAUUGGAAAAUGUGCUUUAAUUUGUUGCCUUGACUUCAACUAUAAUAUCUUUUGCAUCAUCAUUUUCAUUUCUUGUAUAUCGGUAAUGUUAGAUGGCAAAUUGUAACUGGGCUAAUGAACUGUGUGUCCUAAUGAACGCUAUGUAGCUAUUUUGACUGACAUAUUACCGGUACUAAGGUUAUGUACACAUUUAUUGAGGAUGUGUGUGUAAUUAUCUUUAUUGCCGUAUUGAAUUGAAUUGUGAAUUAUUGAAUAAUAUGAACUACUUUGAUUACCUGUAAACUUUGAAACUGUGCCUGUGAAAUACUAAUCAUUAGUAUAGCAGUUUCAAAGUUUACUGGUUAGAUUUUAUAUAUACUGUAUGUUAUACACAGUGUGCACAAUUAUUAGGCAAGUGAUUAUUUUUGACUAUAUCAUAAUUUUAUCCAUAAUUUCCAACUCCAAGCUGUAUAAACUUGAAUGCUUAUUGGAUUUAAUGCAUAUCAGGUGACGUGUAUUUGUGUAACGGAGGAUGUGGCCUAAGGAAAUCAACACCCUAUAUCAAGGAGUGCAUAAUUACUGUAUUAGGCAGAUUCUUCUCUUCAGGAAAAAUGGGCCAGGUGAUUUAACUGACUCUGAAAAGAAUUGUAAAAAGUGUUUCAGGGGGAUGCAGAACUCUUGAAAUAUAUAAGGUGUUGGGGCGUGAUCACAGAACCAUCAAACAUUUUGUUGCAAAUAGUCAACAGGGUCGCAAGAAACAUGUCGAGAAGAAAAGACUCAAAUUAACUGCCAAAGUUUUGAAAAGAAUCAAGCAUGAAGCUACCAGGAACUCAUCCUCCAGUGCUGCCAUAUUCCACACCUGCAACCUACCUGGAGUGUCAAGUGCAUGGUGUUCAGUGCUCAAAGACAUGGCCAAGGUAAGAAAGGCUGAAACCCAACCACCUCUGAACAAGGCACAUAAGUUGAAACCUCAAGAAUGGGCCAAGAAAUAUCUGAAGACAGAUUUUUCAAAGGUUUUGUGGACUGAUGAGAUGAGAGUGACUCGACUGAGCAGAUGGAUGGGCCCGUGGUUGACUCAGUAACGGGCACAUGACUCCACUUCGACUCAGACGCCAGCAAGGUGGAGGGUACUGCUAUAGGCAGGUAGGAUUAAAGAUGAGCUAGUUGGACCUUUUGGGUUGAAAAUGGACUCAAAAUCAACUCUCAGACCUAUUGCCAAUUUUUAGAAGACACUUUUUUCAAGCAGUGGUACAGAAAAAAAGUCUGCAUUUUUCAAGAAGACUGAUUUUUAUGCAAGACAACACUCCAUCACAUGCGUCAAAGUACUCCACUGCGUGGCUGACCAGUAAAGGCCUUAAAGAUACAGUGAAAGUAAACAGUACACCUCUCUGAACAGUGGUCUGGGAGGCUGUGGUUGCGGCUGCACAAUAUGUUGAUUUUGACCAGAUCAAGAAACUGACUGACUCUGUCAAUGGAAGGCUUGGGACUGUUCUCGAAAAGAAGGCUGGCUAUAUUGGUCACUGAGGUUUUUUUUUUUUUUUUUCCAGAAAUGAUUUUGUAAAUUUUGAGUUUGUUUGCCACUUUAAAAGAUGAAAAUUAACAAGUGAGAUAAAAAAAUCUUUGUUUUUCAUUUAGUUGCAUGAUAAUGGUUUACAUAUUGUACAUAUACAUCCUUCAUACCGACCGCUUUCAGGCUCUACAACACCUGCACCACCUGAACCAUGUUGUUUUCACUAUGUAUUCUUUACUUGCGUAUCUUGCUUGCUGCUGUAACAAGUGAAUUUCCCCGCUGUGGGAUAAAUAAAGUACAAAUACAAAUACAAAUAUACAGAUAUUCUCUUAAGAAAGCCGAAACUUCACUUUUACUAGUUACAUGUUCAGGUUUGAGGGUUUAACAUUGGAAUUGGCCAAGAGCACUGCAGUUGUACAAUAACAACAUUAAUCAUCAAAAACACAACUUGCCUAAUUGUGUACACAGUGUAUAGUAAGAGGAAGAUAAUUUGGACUUGUAACUUGCAUCCUGAAGAAGUGUGUCACCCCUGACAUACACAUACAUAAAGGUAAAUGUACAUAAAUACUUAGAUUUAUAAAUUAAAUGUAUACUGGAGGUAGAUCUUUGGGACUUGAUCUUUGUAAAAGUAGUUUGCAGGCUGAAAAAGUGUGAGCACUCCUGGUCUAGACUGACUGAGCUCAGCACACCGUGGCACCCCAAGAGCAGGUCAGGGUUCUAUGCCUUGCCGAGCAGCACUACUGUAUAGCAGUGCCCAGCUAGCAUAACUAGCACAUCUUCAGGAAACAGUCCGUGUUUCAUAUUUUUUAAAUGUAGCAAUCUUGUGUAUAUUAUUUUUAACAUUUAUUUUUAAAAUGAAAAAAAUUAAAAUUAACUUUAACGUUAAUUUAAAAAAUUAAAUUUUAAUAUUUUUAAAUUUAACAAGUAUGUGUCACCUUCAAAAUGAGUAAGGAAACAGCAACAAUCUACGAUCUUCGUUACGAAGAAUUCAGAGCAGAAUUUGUUUUGAAUCCAAAGAGGCUCUGCAGUAUUUCCCACACAAUGCAGUCCAAAGUGCAGCCCGGGGGCCAUUUGUUGCAUGCAGCUUGAUAUUUGUUGGCCCGUGGUACAGUAUAGAAAUAAAAUUUAACAAAAAAAAUCCAUCAGAAAUUGAAAAAAUAAAGCAGAAAGGCAAGAUGUAAA